CAGACGUAAAUGUAGUAUUUUCCCAUAAAAAAAAAAGAAAAAGAAAAAAAAUCUAGUAAGUGCUGAGAAUGGCGACUAAACAUACAGAUCAUACUCAUCAUAGUAAAGACGAGGUGCAAAGCUGGACUUUAUGGGGAGAAAAUGUUGGAUUUAAAAGUCCCGAGCAUACAAAUGAAGGAGACUCCAGUACAAAACAAAGUGAGGCCAAGAAACUUAAAAAAGAAGAUAUGGGAUUGUUUGGUUUUUGCCCUUCCUGGGACAACUUUUACCUAGUGGUGUGUGAGAAAUGUGGACAAGUUGUAAAGCCACAAGCCUUCAAAAGCCACUUAGAAGCUCAACAUGGAAGUGUAAGAUCAAGCUGUCCCAAAUCUUCAGAGGACCAGAAAUGUGAAGGUUUUCAGUCUACCAAUCAUGUCUUUAAAUCACAGUGCAAUUUAUCAUCUACAAAAAUGAAAUCAUCAAUUGCUCUGUCCUCUCAUCCAUUGGAGUCACGACCUCACACAAAACUGUCUGGUUCUGGUGUAACUAAUAUCACUAAAUCAAAAGGUGAAAAGCCUGGAUGGGGUAAUAAAGGAAAUAAAAAUCAUACUCUUGCACCAGUGGUGUUUGUGGAAAGGAUUCCUGAUAAUGCAGUGGUUAAAAAUGUUAACUCUUCCCCAACACUUAAAAAAGAACUACCUUCACCACAAAAACCUCCACCUCUUUUAAUACCGCAUUUACCAUCUACUUGUUUAACAGCACUAGCUAAAACAACCAUAACAGCUGUAUCUCAUCCUGGUGCAGUUUACUCAUCAAAGUUAACAACCACAAUGCAUCACCAUCCUACAACAUUAUCCAAAGAUAAACAGAUCUUGAUAAAUGUAGAGACAAAGAAAAUCUCAGGCUCCAGCAGGAGUAAAAAAAUGCCAAGAGAACGAAAACUGCUGCUUUGUAAGGAUCGAGAAUAUGAUCCAAAUAUACAUUGUGGUGUCAUCAUAUCUGAAACUGGCAAGCCAUGUACCCAUUCUUUAACAUGCAAAACUCAUCCUGUGUCUAUGCGAAGAAAGGUUUCAGGAAGAAGAAAAAAGUUUGAUGAACUUUUAGCAGAUCAUCGAGCUUCUAAAGAAGCAACACUCAAGGCAGUUAAAGCCUCAGCAACACGUACUGAUUCAGUUUCUUAUUCUAACCAGUUCAAUUCAUCUGGAUUACAGACUUGUGUCUCACAAACAGCUUAUCCAGUAUGCAGCAAGUCCAGUACAUCUGCUUCUGUUUCACAGAAAGUGACCACAGUUCCUGCAGUAUGUAAACCAAUCUCCCGGACACUGCACACGAAAAGAAUACCAUCAGUAUUUGUAGAAGCACUUGGUAAGCUGGAACCAAUGCUAUCUGCUGAAGAUGUUUGUGUAUCCUCUUUGGCUAAAGAAGAAGAAAAGGAAGAACAGUCAUUAAAAAGUGUUUUAGGGCCAGAUAAUCCAUACAUCAAACAUCAUCCUCGCCCUGCAGCAAUAUGUACCUUUGGCCUGAGGCAACUGGGAAAUGGCAUGUUUUUGUGUGAUCGGCGAUGGGACCUGCAAAGAGCAGCAUUCAGGGCCAUUUGUACAGAUAGAUCAACUCAACCCCCUCCUUUAAAAAAGCUCUGUGUUGAGUCUCAACUUCCUCCAGUUCCAGAGCCUGAGAAUGAUCCGUAUGAUUUCACAUGCACAGACUCUGCAGUUCAAGAAGCAGUUAUAUCCUCUAGUAACAAGUCAAAUGUGCUUACUACAUUAUCAAAUGGAGUUAGAACUAAUGUAGCGUCAUCUCAUGGACCCCAGCAGAUCCCAAGACCAGUAUUCAACAAGGUGCCUCCAUCUCACACAAUAAAUCAUCAAAAGUCUUUAAAACCCAAGCCCAGUGGGAAUAAAUCCACCAAGUCUAAAGAUAGUAUUUUAUUGCAUACUUUUGACAGUUCUCCUGCCAAGAAGACAAAAACCAAUGGACUGAACGUCAAGUUAAAUCAGUCUGGACCUGCCAUAUCCACUGACAGCGUAUGCUCAUUGUCUCCAUCUGUGAUGACACUGGAACCAGGAGACACAAUUACAUUAAACUCUGUGAAUUCUUCCCACACCAUCUCACUUCCAUUCUCUCUCAGUAUGGACGAUAGCUUGGCAGCAUUGUCAAAAUUACACCUGGUUUCAUCUGUAGGCAAUGGAAACACAUCAUCUGCAGUCUCUUCUGGUGCACCAAGCAGUGAUUCCAGCAAAAACCAGACAUUUUUUGUUACUGAAAUGGAUAUUGUUAACAAUCAGUUGCCUUCCUUAUCAAAAAAUUCCAUGUUAGCAUCUUCUGUAAGGAAUAAGGAAGUGAUGGUGAACUCUGCUUUCCUAGUAAACCAGCUUGCAGCUAUGCAGAGUAAACAAAGAUCUACUAUUUCUAAUCAUUCAACGAAGCAUAGCAGCUGUUGCAGUGGUAAAAAAUCAACAAAACAUAAUGUCAGGACAUAUUCUUCUGGUGCUACACAAAUCAAACUCGGCAGUAAUAUUUCGAAAGCAAAAUCUAAAAAUCAGAAGUUGUCAUCAAAGUCUGUUUUAAACAAGACAGCUUUUAAGAAUCACACAACUUUCCCUGUGAACAAAAGGGUAGAGCCAAUGACAUCAGUCACUUCUGGAAAUAAUGUUCAUGGUGCUGUUGGAAUGAGUCAAAAAUCAUUAAAAACAAACAGCUCAUUCUCCACGUCUUCAGUUGUUUCAAGCUCCGUCGCCCAAUCUGUCACUACUUCAUGGGUCACAGUCCCUAAUGGGUUGACCCCACACAAAGUAAGUGGAGUUCUAACUUCCACACCUGGGACCAAAAAUGGCAGACAGACAAUAUCUAGUCCUAGUAGUGAAGUUCCUGUGUCUGCUGUUCUGCCCACAUCUGUGUCUUGUGAGUUAAAUUGCAGUACAUUGUUUAACAGCACAGAGGACCCUGAAGACCUGGGCCUCAGCACUGCAUGUUCUUUGUCAUCUCCAAGUGGGACGGUGUUGUCUCAGCAGUCAGUCACUUACCAGCAAGUGUUUACCAGCCAAAUGCUUUCUCCAGCAGAACUCAGUCAAUUACAGGUUCGCCCAACAAACAAACAAAAGACCACACCUUCAACUACAAGCUCACUAAAGCUUCCUCUUGUGGCUUCUUCUCAUACAUCUUCAUCUCGUUUAUCUUCUAAAAAUGAUCAAAAGAAGCAUUAUGCCAAAACUGAAGACACUGUAAAGAAGCUAUCAACGUGACAGUGACAGAGUUUAGGCAUGUAUGCUUCUGUCUCAUGUUCCAAGUCGUCCGGUGGCCUUGAUUCUAGCCUUUUUUGAAGUGUUAUUCAUGUCCUAAUGUUUUCAUACUUUUCUACCAGCCAUAAUAAUAAGGCUCACCUCUCCUCUGUAAGUCAACAAAGUUUAAUCAUACUAUGGUGCAGUCUCACAAACCACUUAUUUAAUGCUACUGGGUGCUCAAACAAGAUCUAGAUAUUGUUUUCACUCACUUUUCUGUUCAGCGAACACUCUUGUCAUUUUAAGGCUACUUGGUUGAAAUGUACUCAAAAUUUAGAUUUUUUUUCCACAUUCCAUACUACACUGUUAGACCAAAUAUAUUUUAUUUAAGGUAUUGACGAGAUAAUGAGCCAUGUAACUAGAGGAGCACAUUGAAUUUUACUUCUUGCAAGGUAGAGGAAAAGAAGUAAUCAUGUUUUUUCUCCUGUUGUACUUACUUACUUUGACUUUUAUAUCAUUUAGUCAUGUAACUUAUGUUUGAUUGGGUUUUCUGAUAGUGUGUAAAUCUCCAGGAAACUAAUUAAAAUUACCUUUAAUCUUUGAAAUCAUGAAGGUACACUAAAAUAUGGAUUAGCUCAACAUGCUGGUAUAAUAUUCAUAAAAAAAAUGUCUUUUUUUCUGUGAGAUGUAAUGUUUUUGUUUUUCAUAAAAUAAGAACUCGGUUGAACAACAUUUGGCUCACAUGUCUAAUUUAACCACCUGAUUUGUGUUAAAUGUCUCGUAUUUUAUCACAAUUCAUAUUUAUCAUCAAAUUUAUUUUUUGCAAGAUAAUAGUUAUUUUUACACUACAAAGGAAGCUUCUUUUUAUCUAACAUUUUUAGUAACUUAUUUGUAUAUUUUUACUUUCAGCUUGCGUCUUUCAAAUCCUUCAUCUUAAAUAACUUGUACCAAAUUGUAAACCUGAAUUUUUUUCCAAAUAUUACCUUUUUAAUGUCCUUCUAAAAGCUUUACUUAUUUUAUUAUCUCAGGCUUUACCUAAUUUUCAAAAACAUACAUGUAAUGACUUACUAAUUAUCAUGCUUCUACCCACAUUAGUUGGCUUCUUGUACCUUGUGCUCAUCAAACAUUUAUUACUCAGUGUUCGGGCUUAUUCUGAUAUAGUGCUAGCGUUUUUUUUUUUAUGAUAUCAUAUUGUUACCAGUUUGUUUUCAUCUAGAUUUUUCUGUAACAUAAGAUAGCUUAUCAACCUUUUCAAUUAAGCUUCAUUUUGAUUCUAGAAUUUGACAGUUUUUUUAAGAUCUAACUUUAUUGUUUUACAUGUACAUCGAUGAUAACUCAGAAAUGUACGUGUGUAUCUAAUCCUGUUAUCUGGCAAACAUUGGUUAACCUGUUAUGCAGAUUCUUGUAUUGAAGAUUUUAUUGUUUGUGUCGUAUGACAUUUUAGUUGGACAUACCUAUAGUUACAGAGAUUGAUCCUGUGGAAUUUCACAAAAUGGAAAGGGGUUAUGAAAGAGGUUAUAGGUUGGUAAAUAAUGUAGCAUAGACAUCACCAACUGAUAUUUUACUGAAGUUUUUUAGGCACUUGAAUAAAAUUAAUUGAAUACAUUCUCGUACAUGUAAUUGUCAGUAAAGUAAGUUUGUUCAACUAACACACCAACCAGACAAAGUUGUCAGUGAUGUGACAUAAUAUUGAAGUAUGAGCUUUAUUACAUAGAUUAAUACAUUAGACCUACCUUCAUGUAACUGUUCAUGUAUAUUCAUGUUCAACUUAUUGUGAGUGAAUACUCUGAAUGUUGCCAAAAUAUUAUAAGGACAUUAGUUGUAAAAAAUAGAAAGCUUAAAAAGACAUAAAUUUAUAAUGUAACUUAUUAUCUUUUUUCUCUUAGAAAUAAAUCACGAAAAAUUGUUUUAAUAUAUUGGGCAUAAACAAUGACACUUUUAUUUGAAAAUUAAUAUAUCCCUAAAACUCCUAAUUUUUAGUUCUCUCUAAACUUUCCUAGCUUUAAAAUUGUUGUAAAAAAACCCUAAAAUUAGAAAAAAAAAUACUUGUUUCUGUUCUUCAUGGGAUGUUGAUCUGAUGAUGAUGUCAAUGUUUACUUGGUGUAAAUAACAGGUGGUUGCACAUUUGUGUAUUGCAUAGAAAAUUACUUAGGUAAUAUUGACAUUUCUUAAUAGUUAAAUUUUGGGAAACCUGUAAAUGUGAUCUUGAAACAUCACCAUAAACACCUAUAUCUUCAGAAAAACAAAUGGUAACUAAUCUGGUCUUGGUGUAUUAAAUAUAUUUGAAUAAUCUUGUCCGUUACUAACAACACUUUAUUUCAAGAUAUCUUUAAUGAUAUUAUAUGAGUGUCAGUCACCGUGGUGAACUGAACAUUUGCUCUAAUUUUCUUCAACAUAUUUUUGAAAACCAAACCAAAAUUUUCACUAGAAUAGCUUUAAAUUUAUCCCUAAGAUUUCUGUUUUUCUAUCUGGAAAAAUCUGAAAUUCUUUCUUCAAUCUAGAAACUUGUAACAAAAGAUCAAACAUGCAAAUACUUGAAGCACUGCUGUAGUGUACAGUAUACCUAAAAUAUUAUCUCAGAAUGACUGUAAAAAGUGAAAUUUGAAGGUCUAGGGUCUUGACGAAGGUGUGCCAUGUCAGGAUUAACUCUUUUUUUUUUUUUCUUAUCCAAUUGAGAGAGCAGAUUUCCUUUAAAAGCUGUUGUUUUGUUCCCUAUCCUUAUCAGCCAGUUUGCUGAGAUAUGACUUGCAAGUAUAAAUGUAAUGGUUGUUUGAUUAUCUAAAAUCAUUUUCUGUUUAUUUCUCCAUUGAAGCACUUUUCAAAGCAAUAUUUUAUAUCAAACACUGAAGUAUUGGUUUAGUGCCAACACACUUCAGGAGUUAUGUAAUGAACUGGGUCAUGAUUUUAACCAAGUCACUAACAAGUUUCUGAGGCUAGUGCAAUUCCUAACUUGAUAUUAUAUAUAUAUACUUACUGAUACAUUUCAAUGCAAUAAAUGUGUUAGUUUUAAUGAUCUAAUUAAACAAGAUUAAAAUAAUAUUUUAGUAGUUUUAUUAUAAAUUCUAAGAGUCAAAAAGUUAAUAAGAGAAAUGAUGUAACUUAGUGAUUGGAAAAUAUUGUUUAAAGAGAAAGAGGGGAAGCCACUAAAGAACAUAAUGAGGAAAAUAAGAGAGCCUUUCUAUUUGGUAGGACAAAGGCUAAAAUGCUACAAUCAACUGUGACAGUAAUUUUGAUAUGUUUAUUUCUGUACAUAAACAGUGCUACCUAAAUAUUGAGGACAGUUUAAUAAGAAUGUAGUGUAUUAGUUCUUGUAUUGCACAUAUUGUUGAAAAUGAGUAUUUAAAUGGGUUAGUUUGAAAAUGUAGUUAUUAUAAUAACUGUUUCAUAUGAAGCUACAUUUUUGUUAUUACUAAGUUUAAUGAAAUGUGUACUUUGCAUAUAAAGCAAAAUAACAGACAAUAGUAUUAGUAUUAGCUCAACAUUUUCUUUUUUAUAUAAGAAUUUGCUCAUUUUUGUUUAUGUAUGCAAAAUUCGUAGUAUCUUGUCAAAAUUGAAAAUUUUGACCCUUUGUUACUUGAUACAAGUAGCAGGAGAAACAUUUAAAUAGCUACCUUAAAUCUAAUAUAUUUCUAUUUUUAGGUUAGUGAAGGUUAAAAAUUUAUUAAUUUUCAACUUAAAAAUUUUUUUAAAGACUGAGUGUAGUAAACUUGUGAUUGUGUCUAUUGACAUCCUUCAUUAUAAGUCAUAAUUUUUUUUUAAAUGUUCAGGCAUUUCAAACAGAUUUGUAAAACAAAGAACCAAGUAUCCAUAGCUUGCUAUACAUUAUACUAACUAAUACAAAAUGUCAAUUUACAUUGUUUCCCUGACUAGGUACUAUAAUAAGUAGUAUUUCAUGUAUCUUUGCUAAACAAUAGUAGUCUGCAUUUUUCAAUCCUGAAUUUUACUUUGCUGAUAGUACUUUUAACUUUCUUGUUUUUAAAUAUUGUAUCUGUUUCCAUUCCCAGCAAAUUUUAACAAACUAUGGUAAUUUGUUCUGACUAUACAAGUUAGCCAGACAGGAAGAUGUUAGCUAUGUUUAACCUAAUUUCAGGAUAGUUUGUGUCUACACACCAUUUAAUCUGACACAUAUUUGUUUUCCCACUGACGAAAGGAUUAAAAGUUAAUCACAAAAAUGACAGAUUUCUUUGUUUUACUUUGGUUGGCCUGAAUCAUAGUAAAGGUUUUUUGAUUCUAACAGCAACAUACUGGUUGUGUUCAUUGCAUAUUCUUUAACAUGAAAGACUUGUGGCUUGGUCAUGAAAGUGUUGGAGCUUUUAAUAUUUCAUUAAUGUAUCAGUUCUAUUUGACAUAGGAUGCUUAUGGCUAGAUCAUGAAAGUGUUUGAAUUUCUAAGGUUUCUGUUAUAUCACCAUUUGGGUACUUUGGAGUAUAUUUUCACUGUAGCAUGAAAUUUUAGAUAUUCCAAGUUAUCAGCAAAAAUCCAGUUUUUUGGGGGUUUUUUCUGAGAGUUUUUGUUAUUUAGCCAUUACAGGGUUGAUUGUUCUAUAUAUUGAUUGUGGUAUUCUGUAUGAUAACUGACUAUAUUGGUCUAUUUUGUUCAUGAUUAUGAGCCAGAGAAGCUUUGAUUGGAAUGAAGUAAUAUAUAUUUAUUGUUUGCCGAGAUGGUGUAAUAAAAAAAAAAAAAAGUUCACCAGUUCAAUCUUUGUUUCUUAAAGGAUACCAUAUAGCCCUUAAGAAAAACUAUAUCUAAUAUUAAAGCUUUUACACUGCAAAAAACAAAAAUGAUCUUGACAAGCUAAGGGUGUGUACAUUAAUUUUGUAAAAUACCAUUUGGUCCAUUUAAACCACUAUUUAGAUUCUGAUAUCCUAUUCUUAGUAGAUUCCUACUUAUUGUUUAUCUUGUGAGCAAUUAGUUGAUGUGUUGGACUAUGAUUUGAUGUCAUGAUUUUUAAUCAGGUGGAAUGCUUUUUUUAAUGUUUGAAGUUUAAAGUAUCUUUUUUCAGUGCAUCUAAAAUUUAAUGAUUUAUAAAAGAAACUUGUGAAUGUUAAGCCAUGUAAAAGUAAUUAGUUUGAUCUCAAGUGGUUUUAUAACUUGUAUUUUUUUAAAUGUUUUCAUAUGAAAAAACCCUCUUGUUUUUACAUGGCUUUAAACUACUUUUUAAAGAAAAUAUUCAGAAAAUGUUUAUUCUUACUUAAAAGAGCAUAGGUGUUUUCCAAAGUAAUUAGUCAGUACAAAAAAUGUUUAAAUUUUUUGUAAGUCAUAACAAAAUUUAUCCACUUAAUGCAGUUCAAAACUUUUUCUUCUUAUAAUCACAAAAAUCAUCUCACUUCAUUGUUUCUAACUUGUGAAAUGUUUAUUACUGAGAAAUACACGCGUAUAUAUAAAAAUGGCCAUGCAACAUUUUGACCUCCUACUUAGGUCAUCAUUGGGCAAGAGAAAAUAAUGAUAAUUCGACACAUUAGAGAAUACAAGAUUAAAAUAAUGUAUUCUCUAAUGUGUCAGAUUAUCAUUAUUUUUCUCUUGCCAGACGAUGACCUAAGUAGAAGGUCAAAACGUUGCAUGGCCAUUUUUUAUACGUACGUGUGUAUUUCUCAGUAAUAAACAUUUUUCUUCUUAUUUUGAAGUUCUUAAACAUUACGGGCUCAAACUAGAUGAGUUUUUACUGCUGCUUUCUUGAACCUUUUGUUUAUUAUCCUCUUACAGGUUUCAGUUAUUUCUUGUGAACUUUUAAUAAUAUAAUUUGAGUGUGUAUUCAAACUAUUUUCCUUAAACUGGUGUGUUUUAUCAGUGAUUGUAAAUGUACUAAAGCACACCUGUAACGAUCAUAAUGUAAACAAUGGACUUGCACAGGUAGAAUUCAAUGCUUUGAUUCUUCAAUUCACGACUAAAUGGCUCCUAGAAAAUGUUAAUUUAAUUCUUUAUGCAUUGAACUUCUAAAUUUUGUACUAAUCAUAUAUCUUGAGAUUAACAAACAACCACUCUUAUUUCUUAGUCCAUGAUUACACGGUGUGUUUUGAUUGAUUUUAAUACUUAAUCGUGGAAGUGCAAGCCAAAUUUCAUAUAGCCAUCCAGUGUUAGUAUAUAUUAAUUAGCAUGCAAACAGAUAUAUAUAUAUAUAUAUAUAUUAAUAUAUUGUAUUGUGUUAGUUUUAUAUGUUUUAAAAACAGGUUAUGAAGAAAUACAUUAUUAUUACUUUCACACAUUUGUAAAAGAAGUGAGUGGUUGUCAGGUUGGGUUUUAUUAUUGAGUUAUUCAGUAACUAUUUGUUAAAUUGACUUGUGCUCAUUUUAGUUUAUGUUGGUUGUGUACAUGUGAAAAAUUUUAUGUAUUAACUUACGCGUGCAACAAACAAAUUUUAAGAAAUGUAGAGAAUGCAUUCGAUUUGUUUGGUAUUUAUAUAUUUUUCAUGUGAAAUCAAACUUGUAUCAAUUAAUAUAUUUUGAUAUGAUUUUAGAAUUUGGUAAAAAAACUUUGGUAUGGAAAUAGUGACUUUUUUUAGUAGUUGAACGUAGCUUGUAGACUUGUACUAAUUAAAUCCUUCAGUUGAAAAACUUAAAACUACAAGCAGGAGAACAUUUCACAAGUAGGUAAAAGACUGUUAGACAAAGAUUGAAGUUAUAUGAAGAAAAAAUAUAUGUUUAUCAGAUAUGAAAAAACUUAACAUUUCACUGUUUGUGCAGACAUCAAAGUAGUGUUUAAAAUACCCAUAUCUAAGUAAACAUAAAAUUUACUUGGUCAAAAACGGUUUUUUCUUUGUGGUUCAGUUUGUGAAGUAGAUAUUUAGCCAGAAAAGAUGCUUGUUCCAUUUAAAGAUGAACUGUAUUGAUUUUGGUAAUGAAAAUAUUUUAUUGUAAAAGAAAGAAAUAAGAGGCCUGUGUUGGUUUUUGGUAUUAGUAUCAUAAAAUAUAUAUAAAGUUAAUGUACUAUAAUUAUUUUAUUUAAAGUAAAAAAAAGACUAGUUAAAUACAUUACAGAAGUCACAUUACUGAAUCUUGGUGAUGUAGGAAUUUUUUAUUACUUUGUAAAUAAUUAAUGGUACUUUAAGAUAUUUUUACUUUGAAAUAUGAAGAAACUUAAUACUCCUGUCCACAGAGAGGACUAUUUUGUGUGGCAAAGAGAGAAUAAUUAUCAAUUUAAUUUUGGAAAACUUGUGAAUAUUGCACAUAUGUGCAAAACUUGUAAUCAGCUCCUUGUUGUCAGUGGCAAUUAUAUGAUCCAAAUGAUAGAGGUAGAUUAUCUUACUGUUUCCAUAUUUUAUUAAGGUUUUAUGCAUAACCAAGAUGUUCUCAAGUUUAUAUUGUAUGUCUUUGUGCAUUAAUAUGCGCUGUGCUAAGAGUCUUGAAGAUGCCAUAUUGAGACAGAGUAUUUGAUUAAUAUGGCCGUCUGUAUAUAUCAGCUCGUAUAAAGUUAGAUUUUUUUGUACAUAAAGAGUUGAUUUUAUGAAUGUUAGUGUUUAUGCUUUAGAUGAGUGACUUGUCCGAGUCAGAAGAUCCCUUGUUGGGAUAAGUUAUUUGAUAAGUUACGCUAUACUUCUCUAUUAAUCCUUAAAUUAGAAUUUUGUACAACACAAGUGAAGUUUACGUAUGUCUAUAACCAUGCAUGUGUGACUUUUCCAGAAUUAGAAGAUCCCAUGUUGGGAUAAGUUGUUUCAUGAAUGUAUCUAAAUCAGCCCCUUAAAAAAAAAACUUUUGUACAGAGUGAAACAAGUCCUGUAUAUAAAUAAAACCUAUUUAUCUACGUGAGUAUAAUUAGGUGGUGGACCUUGUAUAUCGGUAAUUUGUACAGAAGAAGGCCUUGUACAUAAAUAAAACGUUUAUUUACGUUUGUUUAAGGGAGGAGGUUUCCCAUACGACAUUUAUUUGUAGGUUAAAAAGUUAGUCGUUGUGUGUGAGAGACAUACAUUUCGUAGACAUUUUGUACAGAAGCAGAUCUUGUACGUAAAUAAAGCAUCUAUUUACUGUGA